GCGAUCGACAGAGCUAGCACAGCAACAGUCCGCUCCACACACAAGCCAGACCAGUCCAAUUGGCACCCAUAGACAUGGACACGUACACACACUCACACACAGACACAGACACACAGCCCCCUCCGCCCCCUCAACGCUCCUCCGGCGCGGGUUGCUGCUGCUGUUGUUCUCUCUCCGGCUCAUCGCCCGUUGACUCUUCAGCAGGGUUUCCAGACGACUCGCCCCCAGAACUCUGUGUCUCGGUAGAAGGGAAAGCGGCGGGCGGCGGCGAUGCCUCGGGGUCACUGGGGAAGACCAGAAAGUCAAAGAAGACGUCCUCGCACUCCCUGCCCUUGGUGCCCUCCACCGUCCUGGCCAGCACGCGGAAGUGCUUCGUCGUGACGUCAGAUAUCUGGAAGCUAUACAGCACUGACGCGCAGUCGUCGCCGCGCUUGGACCUGACGGACCGGCAAGCCAAGGCAAGAGGAAGGAGCCGAGAAAGAGAUUGCCAUUUCUUGUGUCGUGUGUGUGUGUCUGUGUGUUGAUUCGAGGGGGCUGACCGAAUGAUGCCGAAGACCUUUGGUGGCGUCUUCUUGUAGGCCUUGUUGUAUGUGAGCUUAGUCGACUCACCCACCGUCAGACGGACACGACCAAGAGUGAGACCGCUGGGCAGACGGACUGCAUUUCAUACCAACAAAAAAAUAAGAUGGAUGGGAUCAGCCAAGCCAGUCAGUAUGCAAGCUGUGUCUCGCCGUGUGCACGGCCGUCUCCCCCACCCCCCUUCCACCCACCAGAUCCGAAUACUUCCUGGUCAAAUAUGACCUUGGCGAUCGGCCCGUAAGGCGCCUGUGGCGGCUGGAUGGCCACCCAGUGAAGCACCACCGUCACAUCCUUAUCCCACCCCUUGGCCUGCCACCCCAUUUUCCGGCCUGUACCGGCGUCCACUCGGCCGUACUUGGCCUUGUAGCCGUGGUGCGUGCUACUGUGGAUGUUGACGGCCACACCAGAGGCGAAUGUGCGGGAGGUGGCCGAAUGGGAGGGGGGGUGGAAGAGCUCAGGGGUGACGAACACAAGGGGGGCAACGAGGGAGGGCGAGAAGGGGCGGCGGAAGGGCCGUACCACGUAGGCAAGCCGGUCGAUGGACGUGUGAAAAAUGUCGGAGCCAAACUCGACAAAGAGAUCAUCUGGGGGGCAGGGCAGGCAGAAAGAAGCAGACCAGACAAAAGACCAGUCAGUGGCUACACAAGCGCAGAGACACAAUAUAUAUAUGUCUCUCCUUACCUUCAGGGAACUCCACUAUAUCGAUGUAUGCCGUCUCAUUGCCUACGGGCUCGGGCCACCCUGGCCCGGGAUCUUCCCUCUCCCCCCCGGCGGGCAGGUUGCCCGUCAUUCGUCUCAGCUCCGUCACUUCGCUGCUUUCCACUGCCUUGAAGACCGAGAAGGUGAAUGCAGCCGGCAUCUGGCUGUUGUCCAGGGUGUGCACGGUCACUGCGAAUGUGGCAUUGGCCGCCCAGCCGCGACUCGCACGGACCUGCCGCACACACAAACACACAUGCACGAUGGAUGGAUGAUUCAUGCACGCCUUUGCCUUGGCCUUCUCCCCUCCCUCCCCCUGUGCCGUACCGAUGCGAGCACUCUCCUGGGGGCUCUCUUGCGCUUCGGCCAUGUGAAUCGGUAUGUCUUGAGGGCGUCCGUGCUGCCGGGCAGUGGGAAAGUGACCGUUGCAAAAGGCCAGUCGCACAGCCAGGUGCCCUCAGUGGAGCACGACAACAGAGCCGACAAGUCCGAUUUCUCGGGAGCGGGCGUUGUUGUGGCGUUGGUUGCUGCAGUGGGGACGAUGGGCUGCGACUCUUGGAGGAACGAGGAGGGGGUGAGAGGGCGGAAGUCAGCUUCUGCCACACAUCAGGGGAAGAUGGAUUAUGGCAUUUGCGGCAUCUGAUUUGCAUGCACCUCUUUGGCUGAGCUCCGCGUCUGCGAGAGGCCCGUGCAUCCUUGCGAGGUACCCCAUGGGGAGGAGGAGGGCCAGGGAGAGCCACAGGGCCUUCAUUGUCAGCGCCUGUGCGAUGUCUGCGAUAACCACUGUUUCUCUUCUUCUCGGAGUGGUACCAAAGGGAGAG